CAUACACAGAACACAUUACAGCAUUACAUAUUAGUACAUGCAGUAUUCUCUUGAUUUUUCAUUUACUUGUCAAUUAAGGAAGAUGGUUUUGUAGUUUAGUUUUCAAUUAAAGUGAAAUUUAUUUCUGUCAUGUCUGACUAUAAAGGAGUAAGUUAUGGAAUCAUUGUUAUGUAAAAUAUAUUAAAUAUAAGUAUACAUUUUUUUUUUUUCAUAGAACAAUAAACCAUUUUCGGAUUUUCAUUUGAAAACAUUGUCAUCUAGUACUAAAGAACGUAAACAUACAUUUAAAAAUGCUAUAAAUGCUGUUAAGUCUAGUAAGUGUCUAUUAUAGUAUUGGUUUUUGAAAGUUAACGUCGUACUCUUUUAUUUAGGGAAUUGAAAGUGGUGAUUUUUGUUUUUUUCUUGUACACAUGCAACGUUGGAAUGUUUAUGUAUUAUUUUGCUAACAUAACAAUUGGUCUAGUAAAGUAAUAAUAAUUCUGAAAUCAUGUUUUAUUUGUCAUUAAGUUUACUGUUAGUAACUUUCCUACUUUAGUUUUUUAAUUUUAAUUUCUCCAAAAACUUAAAUAUUACAUUUUUUUUUAAUUCUUUUUUUUUAUUAUGGCUUUUUUGGGAAUAAAUAAAAAAUGUGAGGUAAUUGAUUUUAAGUAGACUCAAACUAUAUUAAAAAUAAAUUUUUAAAAUUCUUAUCGCUUCACCAAACCAAUUAGUAGGUUUGAUUUAAAAGAUGUCUAAAUUCCUUGCUCAUUUACAAAACUAAGACAGAAAAUCACUGCUUUUAAUCUUUUUAAGAUGUAGUGUAUUAGCAACAUAAGUUUAUUUUUUAACGUUUCAGAUAUUUCUAAUGACGUAUGGAGUAAUAUUGGUGAUGCUAUGAUAAUUGUUUUAAGUCGUUAUCAAGACUUAAAAUCUCAAUCAUAUGUUAAAGAAUUUGUUAAAGUAUUGAUUAUUUCAAAACCAGAAGCAUGCUUAACUAAUUUGACUCCAAUAUUUAUGGAAUAUAUCAAUAAAUUUCCUCAUUUGAAUGUUUCGUUAGUAUCAUUAUAUUAAACACUAAGAAUAUUAUAUAAGUAUAUAUUAUACUAUACAAACUUUGUCAUGAGUAUUUUAAAUUUUAACAAUAAUAAACUUAUGAUUAAGAUGUAGAUUCCUACACUUUAUGUCAAGAAUGAGCAACUACUGGUGAUUCCUAUAUUAUUUUUAUCUGGUCUAUGCUACCUUUUAAGAGAUGGCUAUAUCUGUAUUUAUUGUCAGUAUAAGUACUAUAGAGUUAUUUCUUUUUGCUUUCAAUUUAUGUUAUGCUCCGGUUUGUUAGUUUUUAAAGUUUUACUUACCUUUAAAGAUAUUAAGUUGCUCAUUCCUUUUAUGAAUUAUGUAUUUACAUUUUAAUUCAAAUAUUUAGGAAAAAUUUAGCCAAAACAGCUUUCUUCAUCUUACAAGUUAUAAGCAUAAUUUUUAAACAAUCAUUUAAAGAUUAUUACAUCUCACAUGCAACUGAAUUAAAACAACUCAUUGAAUUGCAAUCAAUACUAAUAAAUGCAAUAGCUAAAUCAAAAAGUAAACAGUAAGUAAUAUACAUUUUACUGUGUUUCAAUAUUAGAUAUAUAAUUAUUGUAGUUAUCAGUGAUGUAUUUAUCCUGAAAACAGCUCUGGUAUUUAUGAUAGACUAAUAAUUUACAUUUAAUCAUAUAUCUAGAUUAUGUAAAAAAUCAUUUAAUGUUAUGAAUGAUAUUUGGACAAAUGAAAGUACAUUAGAAUAUUAUGGUGAAUGUUUAAAAGAUUUAAAUUCAAAAUCUUAUCUAUUGGUAAUUGAAUCAUAUUUACUGAAAUCGAUGUCAUCUACUCAUGUAAAUCUUGCUAGCAAAUACAAGGUAAAUACUUUAUUUAUAUAAUAUAUGUUCUUGUUUAAUAUUUAUGUUUUGAUUUUUAGGAACCAUUUUUGGAGGUGUUCAUUAAAGAAGGCAUAGCAUGUAAAAUACGACCAGAGCGAGAAUUUAUUCAACAGUGUUCUUUUACUUUAAAAUUAGUUACACAUGAUGUAUUCAAAUUAAAAUUAUUACCGCCAAUUUUAAAAUCUAUGCUACGUAAUCCUGAAGUGAUAUUAGAAUGUAUUGCAACAGUAAUUUCUAGUGUAUCUUUAGAUUUAAGUGUUCAUGUUCUUCAAAUAAUUAAAGGAUUUUCUGGUAUGAACUAUUUAUUUAAAAUCAAAUUAUCUAUACAUUUAUAAAUAUUUUGAAAUUUAGCUAAUCUUUAUUCGCAAAAUGAAAAAGCCAGAUGUGAAUCAGCUGAGUUAUGUAAACAAUUGGCAUUUAAAUGUAGUGAUGUAGCUGCUGUUUCCGAUGUAUUAAAUCUAUUUUUUAAUAUUUACCAUGGCUCUGAAGGAAAAUUGAGUACAUCAGAACAAAAAAACAAUGUUUUACAAGUAAUAUCUUAAAUCUUUUAUUCAGCUUAAAUAUUAAUAAAUAAUACAUGAAGUCGUACAUGUUUUGUAUUUAUGGUUUAAAAAAAAUGUAUAUAAAUUGUUUAUUUAUAUAUUUAUUGACGAGCAUUAACUCUUUAAUAAUUUUGUAUUUACUUUAUUAUUUUAUUAUUUAUAUAAAUAACAACACUUUAUUUUUCUUGUGCCAUUAAGUAAUAUAGGACAGUCGCCUCUAAAUAAUGGUAAUCAUUUUUUGGUUAUUACGUUGAUCAUUAAAUUGAUUUUCUAUUGUAAUUAUAUACAAUACAAUUUAUUUACUAAAAUAUCAAAUAUUUAAAUUUUUAAAUAUAAUUUUGUACUUGUCAUUUAUGGUUUUAGUUAAAAUUUCCUACACUGAAUAAAUUGAAAUUAAAUGUCACAUAUUGAACCAACAUUUUAUUAUUAGUUUACAUUAAAAGUUUAUGUAAUUAUGUGGUGCAAUAUUGAUUAAGAUUCUUUUACUACUAUACUCUUUUAUUCUUAUAGUGCUGAUUUAUUUAUUUGGUCAUUUUACAUACAAAUUUUCAGGAAAUUAUUUUACAUCACAGAAUGUAGUUAUCCUCCCCCUUCAUAGGUUUUUAUAUAUUUAUGAAUAAAAUAAUGUAAACCUAGAAAGUAAUACAUUUAUUUAUUUUCUAAUUGUUUUAUGACAAAAAAAUGUAUAUUUAUUGUUAAAUGUACUAAUGUAUUUAUAAUACAGUUAAAUAUGGUUUCAGGCAAUAGGAAAUUUUAGUUUUAACACAGUAACUAAUGAUGAUGAUUCCCAACAAAUAGCUCAGUUAGUAGUAGAUCAAUUUAUCAAAGUGUUGGAUAGUGAGAUGCAUGAAAAAACAUUGACACAUGCAAUCAAAAUGUUAUCAUUAUGGAGUUCAAGUUUUAAAAAGAGAAUACCCAAAGCAUUACUUUUGUGGUUUGUUGUAAGUAUAUCAUUUUUAUUAGUUACCAUUAUUCUUUUAAAAAUAAGUAUAACCAUACAAAUAUGGAUUAUAAUUUGUAUAAUAUACAUGUAUUUAGAAAAAUUAUGAAAAAAAAUCAAGUGUUUUAUCUGUGAAAUUAUCUUACAUAAAUUGUAUGGCACAUAUUUUUAAAAAGGACUAUUCAAAUUACGCAGUUGAAAUUAUACCAUUGUUAUUAAAAUGUGUUGACAAAUGUUCUCAAUCAUCUCAAGUAUGUAUUAUUAGAGACAAACCUAAUGCAUAAUUCAAUUUAAUUAUUAAAUUGUUUAUGUUAGAAAUGUAUAAUAUUUCAAUUUAUUAAUAUUUAAUUUCUUUGAUUUGGUAUAUUAUUUUUAAAUGAUGUACUCUUACUGCCCUUAGGUUCCAGUUUUGAUAGAAGCUUUGUAUGCUGCAUAUUUAUUAUUACAAAUAUUUGAUGAAAAUCCUAAAUUAAAUGAAACUGGGUAUUAUCAAUUUUGGAAUUUAGUCCUUGAUUCCAAUAAAGCAUUAUUUUUGAAUGAAAAAUUUUUGUUUCAGAUUACUGAUGAUGGUAUACUAUAAUAUUUUUUAAUUAAUUAUAAUAUUAAUAAUUUGUUUUCUUUAUUGAAUGCAAUUUAGCACUGAACAAAAUAUGCAUGUUUAGUUUACUUGUGUUAAAAAUGAAAUAUAAUCAAAUAAAUGGUCCAGUUGAACCAUAUUUAAAAUCAGUUAUUGUGAGUCUUUUGUCUAUUAAAUCAUCAAUUCGUAUAGAAACUAAAGCAAAUGUUUUAAAAGCUAUAUCAUUACCCGGUGGGUCUAAAUUGGCUGCUUCACUGUUGAAUGAAACUACAAAUUUCAUGGAAUCUAAUGUAAACAAUUAACUCAAUUUCAAUUUGUUUAUUGUUAUUAAUGUAUAUUUUAUCUUAUUUAUGAUAGAAUGAUUUGGAAAUUAUUCCCAAACAUUUAGUAGAAACUAUUCUAGUAUUGUGUCAAAAUAUUAACGUUGAAGAAGAUGAAUUAAAAGUCUUAGCUUUUGAAUCAUUAAAACCUUCACAUCAUCCUUUAAUUGGUAAAUAAUUUUCUUUGAUACAUUUUUUAAAUGGAUGUGUAUACUUUAAACUGUUUUUUUACUCUCUUAUAAAUUUAUUAUUUUAUUUUUUAGAAUCGUAUGCACCAAAUCUAUGGCUUAAAAUAGUCAAUCGUUUCCAACUUAAACCAUCAGUUUUCAUUAGAUUGUAUGAAAAAAAACUUAUGAAACUUCUUGUUGAUGAUUAUUCGCCUACCCGAGUAUGUUUUUGUUUAAUAGUUACAUUAUGAAUUUAAAAAAAUAUUGAUUAAAUUGUGAUCUUGUAAAUUACAUCUAUAAAUAAUUAAUUAAAUAUUUUUUAUAUUAUUUUGUCUUUAUACUAUUAUAAUUUGGACAUUUGUGAAAGUUCAUAGUUCAUUAAAAUUGUAACUUGAACCAGUGGCGGUUCAAAGGAAGUAUAUUUGAAUCCCGUGAUUUAUAAAAAACCGCGUGAGUAGAUUAAGGGUGUUCAAAAAUAUAACAAAAAAUAUUAUGUUUUUAUAAAGCAAGUCAUUUAAAGAAUUUUAAAUUUGAUAAAUUUAACAAAUUUUAUUGAAAUUGAAAAAAUUCCAAUUCAUUUGCUGUAGGGUGUAGGUAUUUUUGAGUUGGAGUGGGUGAGUGGAAAAUUUUAUCAAUGAGUUAAGGUAAAAAUACUUUGAGCUACUAUUGACUCGAACCAAGUAUUUACUUAAAUUAUAUGUUUUAAAACGUAUUUUAAACUUAAUUCCAUAAAAAUUAUUGUUAUCUAUAUUAUAUUUUAUUAAAAAAUCUAAAACUAUAAUUUUAAAUUUGGUCUUAUUAGACAUAUAACCUGAAUAUAAAUUAAAAUAUAUUGAUUUAUGGGGUUUUUAUGCAUGCUCUUGUGUUUCUCCAAUUCAAAAUUAUAUUUUUCAUUUUUAAAUAGAAAACUUUAUUUUAUUUUAUUUUUCUAAUAAAAAUAUGUUUUACUAAUGUAUGGGUUCAAGUUCAAUAUUUUAAGAAAAUUUGAGUUUGACCCAUUUUUCUUUUAGUUCAUAUACGUUUUAGACGUUAGUUACUAUAAGCAUGGAUAUCUCCUCCUUGUCUACCGCAACUCUGAAAAAUUCAAUUGAUGUCUUGUUAUACUGUGUCAUUAUAUUUAGCAAUCAUGUUCUUAGGUUCCCAGGGACUUAUUUUUACAUUAAUUUGUCCUUGAAUAAUAAAUUGCAAUAAACCAUAUAUUGUUAUGUUCCUCAUAAUAUGUCUGAUAUAAUCUAGUUAAUGGAUUUUGAUGGUAAUAAUAAGCUCUUUCUCUUUAUUCAUCCUUAGUACUUCUUGAUUAGUUAUGUGUUGUGUCCAUGAUAUGCAGAUUAUCUUCUAUGUAUACUCAUUUCAAAAGCCUAUUCUCUUACAGGUUGCCUCAUUUAGCAUCCAGGAUUUGGCGCCAUACCGUUAAGAUAGAAAAAAUGUAGAUUUUUUGGAGUCUUAUUUUUGUUGUAUUGUGACAUCGUGGCUUCUGAAAGUUUACUCAUUUUGUUGAAAGCUACUUUGGCUUUUGCUAUUUUGGCUUUAAUUUCUUGAGAUAUAUCCCACUACUCGUUAAUUAUUGUUCUUAAAUAAGUUUGACCCAUCUCUGAUCAUAAUAUACAAAUUUAUUAUUUGUGAAAUAGAAUACUUUGUUUCUAUUGUUAUAGUGCAUGGAAAAUGUUUUAAGUACUGUGACAAAAAUAAAUGGAGAUGCACUUAUACCAGCAAUCAUUGAAAAAAUCAGACAAAAAUUGAAUGAAAAUGAUAAAUACAUUUGUGUAACAGAUUCUGAAUAUGCAAUUUAUUUAUAUCCAGAAGGAGAAUUAUUCAAUAAAUCAAUUUUAGCAGAGUAAUAUUUAAAAAUAUUAUUUAACUAUACAGUAUGAUAUGACAGAAAAUAUCCUUACAUAUGUUUUACAGUAAAGAAAAUGAAAACACUGCAAAUAUAAAAAAUAUGAAACGAGAAAGUAAAGCAUAUUCAUACAAAGAACAGCAAGAAGAAAUAAUGUUAAGAAAAGAAAUUGAAGCUAAAAAAAUUAAAGAAGGAAAACUCAAAAAGCCAGAAUUAUCAGCCAAACAAAAAGAGGCUAUUGCUGUAGAAUUGGAUAAAGAAACAGCUAUAAGAAACAAAUUAAAAAGUGUAAGUAUUUUAAAUUUGUACUCUGGUUAAAAUAAUAAUUAACUAAUUGGCUAGUAAAUUUCUAUUUCCAUUGAAAUAGAAAAAUUUGUUUUAGUUUCUCAGUGUACCCAAUGAGGAAUUUAUAUGUUUUAUUACUUAAAAGUGUUUGAUAACAAUUUUUGUACUGGAAAUUUUGUGUCUAUUGGAAGUUUAUUUGUAAACUAUGUUGUGUGGUUGAAGCAUUUAAGAGUAAAUUUUUUAUAAUUUCUUAUAUUUUUCUAAGUGCAGUACUCCCUUGUUAACACAAACUCGAACAUUUUAAAAAUGCAAUACAUGUUCUUAAGUCACUUUUUUUAAACAAAUUAAUAUUUUUAUUUAUUAAUAUGAAAUGAUACUAUUGGGCUUUUUAUUUAAAAUGUAUUACAGUAUUUUGCAACAUAAGCUCCAUAAUGUCUACUUAUAUAAAACUUCAAAAACACAUAAAGGAUGUCAUCUGCAUGCGCUGUCGAAGCGUAGGAUGUUUGUGCAUCACUAUUGUUACAAAAUACCUUUUCUUCUAUAGGCUGUUUGUACAUCGUUAUAAAUGACACGUUAUGUUAUAUACUGGUUGUUAUUUAAAAAUUAAAAAAUUACAUAAGUGUAAAUAAAUAUAUUUAUAUUUGUUAGAAUCUGUAAUUCAUUAUUCUUAAAAAAAAUUUGAAGAUUUAUUUCUCCACUUGUAUAAUUGAAAAAAAUUUCACUCAUGAAUUAUAUUAUUUUUUUCAUUUCUUUAAAGCAUAAAUGGGUUUUUGGCACAUCUGUUUGAAGUGAAAUUUUUGUCAUUUUUAUUAACUAAAUAAUCAAUUAAAGUAAGUAAUCUAAUAAUGUGAUCUUACUUUUCAUAUGAAUAGAUGUGCUAAAUAAAAUUGCUCAUUGUAAUGCUUGUGAAAUGAUUCUGGUCCAUUAGUAGUUUUUGGAAAACUUGAAGGUGUAUUAGCUUAUAUUUCAAAGGAAAUGGAAAAUAUUCUUCUAUAUAAUUCUUGACGAUAUUUUUGGAAAUAUCUAUUGCCUUUUCACUUGGUGAAAUAUCUAUAAGUUUGCAGUAUGCUUCUGAUACUUAAAUUGGAGGUAGAAAUGAAAGCCCAAAAAAUGUUUCCAACAAUUUUUCCAUCUCCGAUUUACAAUUAUUUACUCAUUUCUAAGAGUAGGAAAAUGUUGAUUUAAUUUUCUAUACUAAAAUUAUCGAGGAUGAAAUUUACAUUUUAUAAUUAAUUAGUAAAAAACCAUUAAUAUUAAAAAUUACGUGUUCAAUGGUGACUUGUGAGUUUAUAAGUUAUGAGUGAAUACCCAUGGAAAUUUAAGUCUUGUUAGCUGAGAUGAUAUCAGUAAAUUAUUUUAAAAUUGUAACGUUAUAGGCAUAUAUAUGUGAUACAAUAAUACUUAAAUUUAGAAAAUUAGAUAACAACUAGAAAUACCUAUAUAUAAAACUUUAAAGAAAUAGUGGAAACGUGAAUUUAUUAUAUUUAUCAUCCAAUUGUGUCACUAUAGUAGGUACCCCUAUGUACGUAUUACCUAGUUUAGGUAAUAUGGCAUUGUUAAAUGUGCUAUGGACAAAGGACCAACUAAAUAUUUUACCUGCAGAUUUGAUGAUGCGCAAACAACAAACACCAGUGCUGUCAGUUCAACUGAUGGGUAAUAAAGCAAAAUCUACCUUAUGCAGACUGCGUAGAACUCGCUUAAUUUUGGUUUUAGAAUAAAAUCACUUUUUAUAAAAUUAAAAGAGAACAAUAUUCUGGAGGGUGAGAAAGUACUUUGUUUCUUAUUAUUUUGAAUAUAACAUUCAAUACAUUGUUUAAAAUUACAGACUAAUUUUUUAUUUAAAUGUCUAAAAUUUCAAAAAAGAAACUCAAAAUUUUGGUUUCUAGAAUAUUGUUCUUUUUUUAAUAUUACAGUAAGUCUUUUUACUUCUUAAACCAAAAUUAAUUGAGUUUCAUCUACUCUGUGUGAGGUAGAUUUUGAUAUAUUGCCUAUUAGUUAUACUGAGACAACAUGCAGAUCUAUGCAUGUACGACACUCAUUUUCCUGGUUUUCUAUAUAAUAUUUAUUUUUAUUUUUAUUUUUAUUUUUUAAAUGUUAUUUACUUUUAUAUAUGUAUUUACAAUUUUUAGAUAAAUGAUGAAAUAUCAACUUUGGUAUCUAUGAUGAAAGGAAUUAUUGCUGGAAAUUCUCUCUUAGUUUCUCAGUCAUUAAGAUAUUUAAUACCUGGAAUUAGUUAUAAUUUACAGUCUAUAAUAGCUGCACCACUUCUUAAAUGUAUUUUUAUUGACUUAGCAUUUUGUGCAUUUAAUGCUGAUGAAACGAAAAAUACUAAAGUUUUAUCUAAAGUUAAAAAUGGCCGCAUUAAGUUAUCAGAUUCAUUUAUCAAAGCCAUAGCUUUUUAUACUCUUAGAAAGUUAAAACCAAAAUGCAUAUUGGAUGGUGCUUGGUUACAAGAAAAUAUUGGUAAGUUUAAUAAUUAUAUACUUAUUUUAUUUUAUUUUAAGAAUGAUAUUUUAUUGUUAAUUGUGAUUUCAAUAAAUUGUUUCAGAAAAAGCAACAAUGAGAAUAGUAAAUUUGUUUUGUGAAUUAACUAUGAAAGAUGGACUGGAAUUUACAUCACCAUCAUUUUGUUAUUCGUUUACAUUAAUUCGAGCUGUUAUGUUGGAUUUACCUUUUGAUCAUAAAUUGGUCUAUGACUGUUUGUUAUUACUUGAGAAUCAAGCAUCUGUCCGUCCUAAAGCGACAUCAAAGGCAAAAAGCAGUUCAGAUCUUCAACGACCUAAAUUUCUACCACGUAUUGAAAUGUUUCAACUACUGUCUGAAAUUAUUAGUCGUACAUCAGGCAAUCUUCAGAACAAAGCUAUUUCAGCAUAUUUAGCAGUUGCUGAUAGCUGCUCUACCGAUGAAAAAUGUGAUCCGGCUAGUCGAGAUGAAAUUUUAUGUUUAUUAUCAGCACUUCAAAAUCCAUCUCAAAAUGUUAGAGUAACAGCCAUUAAAGCUUUACAGAGAGUGUCAGAUGCUUUUCCAACCUCAAAAAAAGAUAAUCAUAUAAUAUUAAAAAUUACUAAAAGAAUAUGGAUUACCAAAUAUGAUAUUUAUGAAGAAAACAGGUUAGUUUAUAAUAAUGUUUCUCAACCUUUAAAAAUUGGAUGCCCUUCUUGAAGAGUAAAAUAUGUUUCAACACUUCUAUGUUAAAAUCCCAAAUAAUUGAGAAUAUUUAAAAGAAGAGGGUGGACUUCUGAAUUGUACAAUUUAAUUAAAAAAUGUAUAUUUCCAAUUGGAAAACAAAACAAUUAAUUAUAUAUUAAAAAUAAUUACAAAACAAAAAUAUAUUUAGUAUAUUUUAAGCGUUUUUUUAUUAAAAAUAAAAAUAAAAUUUGUACAGUAACUUAAUUUUGUUCCUUUAAUGAAGUAUUUAUCAGUGAGAUGUUGUGCAUGGUAAUCUUAAGCCAUGUUGUCUAGUCCUGAGAUAUUGGUUAAGUGAAGCAGACAUUUGAUCACAAAUAAGCUGAUAUGCAUUACUCAAUAUUAUAAUUUAUGGGUUAUUAGUUAAUAUUUUUUGAUCAGAUCACACAUGCUUGCUCGCUGUUCCCCUAUUGUCUAAGGCUCCAUAUCCCACUUUCUGCAUUGUCAUCUCCUUCAUUGAGAAAUGCGAGUUUAUUGUACAUUGAUAAUAAAAAAUUAUAGAUUCCAUGCUGACAGACUGAGUAUAAUAGUACACAAUAUCAGACAUAGUUUCAUCAUUUCAAUGUUACUUAGAGUGGAUGCUUUUAAAUGCUUCAAAGCUCUACUUAUUAAAAGUGAUUUAAAUUUCAUCAUUGUGUUCAUAAUUCUUCUUCAAUACAGUCAUUAUUUAUUAUUAUAUUUUUCCUUAUAUUUGUUUGCUGUAUUUUUAUGCAUAGAUUCUAAAUUAAGUGUUAAAAAAAUCUACAUAAAGCAAUUAUUAGGUAUAGGUAUCAGUUAGGUUAUAGCAUUGGCCUUGACUGUAUCACCCAAUUCCACUGCCGUUAUAUCUUUUGUCUAUUAGUUUGAUGUCUAUAUUAAAAACAAAUAUCUUUCAUGCUUUUGAAUUGUUGAUUUAUUCUGUUCAGGGAUUUGGCAAAUGAUCUUUGGGAAUCUUCAAAGUUGGAUUCAAAAAUUAAUGGACUUUUAGAAAGCCUUUUAGAAGAUGUUGUUCAUCCAGUUUCAGAUGUACAAAAAGCAGUAUCUAUUGCCCUGUUUUCACUUUUGAAUGACAUGCCUUUAAAUGCCACAAAUAUUGCAUUAAAAAAAUUACUUAUAAUGUAUAACAGUAAAAUAAUGGUAAGUCAAAACUUACAGUUAUUAUAAUACUUUUAUUCAUUAAGAUAUUUAAAUAAUAAUUUAUUACUAUUUCAUGUAUAAAUAUUUUAAAACUGAUAUAUUUUUAAAAAAUAAACUUUUAUACAGCUAAUUUUUUGUAAAUUGAAAUAUCUUGUUAUAAAAUGUAAUUCAUUAUACAAAUUUAGAAUUAGCAUACUCCUCAAUUUAUUUUUUUGUAAAAUUAAAACUUGUAAAUAAUUUAUCAAUUUUUACUUUAGAAAUCAGAAGACAAUAUAGAACUAGAUGACUGGCAAGGUCGAGUUGGUGUUGCUAUGGCUUUAGAAAAAUUGUCAUUAUUAUUAAGUGACGAUAUGGUGAUACAAUUAGUAAACUUUUUUGUUUCUACGAGUUUAGAUGAUAGAAAUGAUGUGGUACGAGAAUAUAUGCUAAAAGCAGCAGUAGCUGUUAUUAAUAUACAUGGAAAAAAUAAUGUUGAUCGAUUAAUGAACAUAUUUGAAAAGUUUCUUAAAAAAGCAACUUCUUCUGAAAGUUUUGAUAAUGUCCGAUUGGGUGUUGUUGUAUGUAUGGGAAAUUUAGCAAGACAUUUAGAAAUUAGUGAUCCCAAAUUAAAACCUAUCACUAAUAGAUUACUUGAAGCAUUAUCUACUCCUUCUCAAGAAGUUCAAGAGGCUGUAGCUAAUUGUUUAUCACCUCUUAUGACAUUAGUCAAAGAUGAUGCUUCAUCUAUAUUAAAAAAAUUACUUUCCCGUUUAUUUAAUUCUGCGUCAUUUGGGGAACGCAAAGGUGCUGCUCAUGGAAUUGCUGGUGUUAUUAAAGGCCUUGGAAUUUUAAGUUUGAAACAGUAUGAUAUUAUGAGUACUUUAACUGAUGCUAUUCAAGAUAAAAAAAAUUACAAAAAACGUGAAGGUGCAUUAUUUGCUUUUGAAAUGCUGUGCUCGACACUUGGCCGUCUAUUUGAACCAUAUAUUGUCCAUGUUUUGCCACAUUUAUUGUCAUGUUUUGGAGACAAUAGUGAGUAUGUACGAACAGCCACUUAUGAUUGUUCAAAAGCUAUAAUGAGUAAAUUAUCAGCUCACGGUGUAAAACUAAUUUUACCAUCAUUAUUAAAUGCAUUGGAAGGAGAUUCUUGGAGAACAAAAACUGGUAAGCACUUUUUUUUGAUUACAAUCUAUUCUAUAUGUAUAAUAUAAGCUCAAUUUUUAUCUGUUAGCAUAUCAAAACAUAUUCAACAGAUUUUAGUAUAAAUUUUAUAGCUGUUUGGCCCGCCCUCGUUUAGUUUUAUUAAUUCUUCUUUGAACAUUGUAAUGGGACACAACUCAACCAUAUGUUUGAUUGUCUGUGUUUCUCCACAUUUGCAUAGUGAAGAGUCUACCAUACCCCAUUUAUGGAGUAGGUAGUUGCAUCUUCCUUGUCCUUAUUUAAGUGUUGUUAACAUUAAACAGUGUGAAAAAUGAAUUUAUUCCCAUUCCUUGUUUCUAUUGUAAAAAAGGAACUCCAUCCCGAUCCACAUAAUGCAAAUAAAAUAAAAGAACACAUUUAUUAUUAAGGGAAUAUAAGAAAACAAUUUUUAUUUUUAUGUAAACUGCACCCAAACAAAUCUAUGCUGAACAACUAAUAAAAAUACAUAAUAUUGAAAAAUUUUAGGAUCGGUGGAGUUAUUAGGAGCAAUGGCGUACUGUGCGCCUAAACAACUAUCAUCUUGUUUGCCUAGUAUUGUACCAAAACUAAUAGAGGUAUUAAGUGAUUCUCACAUUAGUGUUCAAGAAGCUGGGGCACAAGCUUUAAAAGUCAUUGGCUCAGUUAUACGAAAUCCAGAAAUUCAAGGUAAAAUGUAUUUAUAAUAAUUAAUAAAAAACAUAAUAAUGUACAUAAAUAUUAAAUAAUCAAUACUAAUUACUCAAUAUUCAUUAUAGCUAUUGUACCUGUUCUCCUUGAAGCUCUUCAAAAUCCAUCAAACAAGACUGCUCCUUGUUUACAAAUUUUGUUGAACACUAAAUUUGUUCAUUUUAUUGAUGCUCCAUCGCUUGCUUUAAUUAUGCCUGUAGUACAACGAGCAUUUAUAGAUCGUUCUACUGAAACAAGAAAAAUGGCUGCUCAAAUUAUAGGAAACAUGUAUUCAUUGACUGAUCAAAAAGACUUGACUCCGUAUUUACCAAAUAUUAUCCCAGGAUUAAAAAAUUCAUUAUUAGAUCCAGUUCCAGAGGUUCGAACAGUAUCUGCUCGUGCUCUUGGAGCUAUGGUUCGAGGAAUGGGAGAAACUAGUUUCCAAGAUCUUUUACCAUGGUUAAUGCAAACUCUGACAUCAGAAGCCAGUUCUGUUGAUAGAUCAGGCGCUGCUCAAGGUCUUAGUGAAGUUGUUGGUGGACUUGGUGUAAGCAAACUACAUAGUUUAAUGCCAGGCAAGUAAAAAAAAAAAUUAAAAAUUAAAUUAAAAUUAUUAGAGACCAUUAGAUAAUUAAACAAUUUUUUUUUAAUAGAAAUAAUUGCAACUGCCGAACGUACAGAUAUAGCUCCUCAAGUAAAAGAUGGCUACAUUAUGAUGUUCAUAUAUAUGCCUGUUGUAUUUAAUGAUGACUUUAUUCCUUAUAUAAAUCAAAUUAUUACGCCUAUCUUAAAAGUAAGUUAACAUUAAAUUAUCAAUUGAAUUAACUAAUGAUGAACUAAUAAUAAAAUCCUUAGCUAGAAAAGCCCUUUGUAAUUAAACCACAUUAUAUUAAUAUUUAAAAGAAGAUUAUUAUUUUUAUUAAUUAACAUCUAAGCAGGACAUUUUUACAAGUAGGUAAAUGACAGAUACAUAUACAAGAUGACUCAUUAAGCUUUCUCACACAUUAUUUUUGGUUAAAUUUUGUUAAUAUUAAAAUUCUGAUUUUUUGGAAUUUUUAGGUAUAUUUAAAGCCGAUAUUUUCAAAUAUUUAGAUUUUUCAUAAUAUUUUAGGAGUAUUCUGUAUUAAUAUUAGCUUUAGUUUUUCAAAUGAAAAUCUAUUUUAAAAAUUUCUCCAUAAAUAUAUUGCAUCCUAAAUAAGAAUAGUAGAUGUCAACUGAGUUCUACGCAUGUGUGUGUACUUCACUACAAGUGCAUAUUGUUGGCUCCCUCCCAGGUGACAGGAAUUGAGAUCAACGAUAGGUGAAGAAUUAUUACACCAAAUUAUUUGUACUGCAAAAAGCAGGAGUAACAUGCCGUGAUUUUGGAGUCCUUGAGUAUCAAUAGACAUUUGGUACUUAAGGGAGAUAAUUUUUUGAUUUUCUUAGGGAGGGUUUUCAUAAUAAAUGGGAUAAAUUAGGAAAAUUUACAUUUGUAAAUAUUACAGCCUUUUAAAACAUGUAUAAUCAAACUUCAAAAAAAAAAAUUAGUUUUAUUGUUUACAAUAUUAAUAUUAGAAAUAAUCUUAAAAAUCCUUACAAUAUUGUAUUCUAAUUUUGAUAACAUUUGAGAAUCAUUUAAGAAUAUAAUUAAUCUUUUAUAACAAUUAUAGCUAUAAUAAAAAUCUAACUUAAAAAAAUAUUGUUUUUGGAAAAUUAAAAAAACAAGUUAGGAAAGUUCAUUUUUAACAAUAAACUAUAAUUUAAUACACAAUUUUGAAAGAAUUUUUGAUAAUUUAUAGUAUUUAUAUUAUGCUGCUUAUGUGUGGAAACAAACUUAAUAUUGGUUGCUAUGAAUUUAUGUGUCUUUAUAUAUAUACUACUACUACUACUACUACAUAUAUGUUUAUUCACAUUUAAAUUUGUAAAAUGGUAAUAAUGUUUAAAUGAAUAAUAAUAUUUGUAUAUCCUUGUUAAUCAAACCAACUAUACAGGGUGUAAUAAGACAGACAACAGUGAUAUAAAAUGUUCUAAACUUAUGUUCAAAAACUUAUAAGUAGUUAAUAAUCUGUGAUAUAUUAACUAUAAUAUUACGUAGAUUUUUAUAAUUUAUGCAGUUCUAAAAUGUUCUUAUAGAAACUUUGAAUUUAGUUGGCUUUUAUAUAUUUGUAAUUAAAUUAUUAUUAAUUCUAUCAUCCUCAUUCUCGUAAUUAAUAUUAUAUUAUUGCUAUAAUUAUUUAAAAAUACAAUUUUAGGCUUUAGCUGAUGAAAAUGAAUUUGUCCGUGAAACAGCUUUAAAAGCAGGACAGCGAAUUGUAAAUAUGUAUGCAGAAUCUGCUAUACAAUUACUUUUACCUGAACUUGAACGUGGUUUGUUUGAUGAUAAUUGGCGUAUUCGAUUUAGGUAUAUUACAUUUAUCCAAAUUUAUUAUAUUUAAUUUUAAUUUAAAAUAUCAUUUUACAGCUCUGUUCAGUUGCUUGGUGAUUUAUUAUAUCGUAUAUCUGGUGUAUCAGGUAAAAUGAGUACAGAAACUGCCAGUGAUGAUGAUAAUUUUGGUACAGAACAUUCUCACAAGGUAUACUGAUAUUUAAUGGUGUAUUUAUAUUGGAAUAGCUUAUAGGGAGUUUCUGACUUACAAGUUAUCCCAUCAAUAUCUGCCCAACUUUAAAAGAGUGACCAAAUUUUGUAAUUAAUCUAGAGUCUCUUCGAUCAAAGUUAAGUGGACUUACUUCAUAAAUUUCUAUAACCUCACCUACAAUAUUGACCACAAUAAUUUUAUCACUUCUAUGCCUUUGCCUCGUAGAUCAAAUAUUUUCCAUAUAUUUCUUAUUCUCUAAUGAUUUCACUGUUGUACCUACAUAGUAAAUAUCAUAUGGCCAACUUUCUCUACUCUCACUCAUUGUUAACCUAUAUAUUAUUUUCAAUUAAUCGUAACUAUGUAUUAUGUUAUCUAACUUUUAGAAAUACCAUUAUUAUGAUAAUAUUUUAUUUAUUUUAUACUUGAUUGAUUUUUUUUAAGGCUAUAAUCGGCACUUUGGGAGCAGAAAGGCGUAACCGGGUGUUAGCUGGUUUAUAUAUGGGUCGUUCUGAUGUUGCAUUAAUGGUUCGUCAAGCAGCAUUACAUGUAUGGAAAGUAGUUGUCACUAAUACUCCACGUACUUUAAGAGAAAUAUUACCAACAUUAUUUACACUACUAUUGGGAUGCUUAGCUAGUACUAGUUUUGAUAAAAGACAAGUAGCUGCAAGAACUUUAGGAGAUUUAGUACGAAAACUUGGAGAACGAGUUCUACCAGACAUUAUUCCAAUUUUAGAACAAGGUCUUGAGUCUAAGCAAGCCGACCAACGACAAGGAGUUUGUAUUGGGUUAUCAGAAAUUAUGGCAUCUACUAGUAGAGAUAUGGUAUUAACCUUUGUAGAUAGCUUAGUACCUACUGUCAGGUAAUUAACUUUUACAUAUAAAAUAUUUUCAAACUAUUAAUGUAUUAAUCAAAAAUUGAUUGCUUUUAUUUUAUUAUUUAGCCGUGCGUUAGCUGAUCCUCUGCCAUCUGUAAGACAAGCUGCUGCUAAGACAUUUGAUAGUCUUCAUUCAACUGUUGGACAUCGAGCAUUAGAUGAUAUUCUACCAUCUAUGUUAAAUAAUUUAGUAUGGAAAAUAACAAAUUGAUGUUCAAUAUAUAAUAAUUAUAUUCAUAAAUAUAUACUUAUUUUUAGAAUAAUCCUGAUCCAGAAAUUGCUGAGAGAACUUUGGAUGGACUACGCCAAGUAAUGGCAGUUAAAUCUAGAGUAGUUUUACCAUAUUUAAUACCACAGUUGACACAACCACCUAUUAAUACAAAAGCUUUAUCAAUUUUAGCUUCUGUUGCAGGAGAAGCUCUUAAUAAAUAUUUACAUAAAAUAUUACCUGCCUUAUUAACUGCUCUAUCUAAAACUGAAUCAGCUGCUGAGGUAAAAUUUAAUUUUAAUUUGUUCAAAAACCAUUUAACUUGCACAAUAAAUGUAUUUUGUAGGAAUUAGUAUACUGUCAAGCUGUUGUACUAGCAGUUUGUGAUGAUGCUGAAACAAUGGUUGAUUUGUUAUUAGAUGCUACACAGGCAGAAAAUAUUUCUCAAAAACAAUCUGCUUUACAAUUAUUAGCAGCAUUUUGCACACAUACAAAAGCAGAUUAUAAUUCAUAUGUUCCUAAACUUUUACAUGGAAUAAUUUAUCAAUUUAAAGACCAAGAUGAAAAAAAUUUACAGUUAGCCUGGGAAGCUUUGAAUGCUGUUUGCAAAGUAUUAUAUAAAUUAAUAAUAUAAUCAUGCAAUUGGAAAUUAUAUUUAUUUAAUUUUUUAGUCUGUUGAUACGAAGCAAAGUAAUCAUUUAGUAUUUGAAAUACGUCAAGCUAUAAAAUUUGUCAUGAAUGAUUAUAAGCAUUUGAAAUAUCUUCCAGGAUUUUGCAUACCAAAAGUAAAUAAUUUAUUAAUAAUUUUUUUUUUUUUUUUAUCAUUUGCUGAAUUUAAAAUAAUAAUGAAUUUAUUUUUAUGAAAUAUUACCUAUAAAAGUCUUUAUUCAUUUCAGUGAAAUUUAUAUCAGAUUAAGAAAUAAAUUAAUUCAAUUAAAUACAAAUAUUUCUUUUAGAUAAACUCAACUUUAUAACUUAAAUUAACGAUGAAAACGAUGUUACUUAUUAAAAAAAUUGUUCUAAGCUAAACUAUUAUUAAUGGCUCUGUUGAUUAAAAAUAUGUGUUAUUUGUUAAUUAAAUAUUCAUAAUUAGUAGAUUUCUUGUAGUUUUAAAAUUGAUAUUAAAUAUUGUUAUGUUGAUAACCCCUGGUAAUUAAUUUCAAAUAUCAGAUCGGGUAUUAGUUUUAUAUCAGUAGGAAAUAUUAGAAUAUUAAAAAAAAAUUCAUCAACUCACCAUUACUUUUAUUUAUGAACUUUAUAAAUCUAUACAAAUGAUAUAUUAAUCAUUUUAUUAUCAUAUCAUUCCAAACUUCUAAUUUAUUUUUACAAUUUAGUGUAAUAUUUUAAAUAUUUUAUUUUAUUAAGUAAGGUUAUUUAAUUUUAAAAUUUGUAAUUAGUGUUCUGUUUAGCAAAUUAAUUUCAUUUAAAAUUAAACUGUAUUAAUAAUAAUAUUUAUUUUAGGGAGCUGAUCCAUUUGUUCCUAUUUUUAGAGAAGCAAUUCUUAAUGGUAGUCCAGAAAUUAAAGAACAAGCUGCACAAGGUUGGGGUGAAGUUGUUAAAGUUGCUGCUAAGGAAGGACUAACAUCUCCUGUGUUAAAUAUGACUGGACCACUUAUUCGUAUUUUAAAUGAACGUUAUACAUGGAAUAUAAAGUCAGCAAUUUUAGAAACUGUUGCCUUACUUUUAGCUAAGGCAGGUAGUAAUUUGAAACAAUUUUUACCUCAGUUGCAAACAACAUUUUUAAAAUCUUUACAAGAUCCAAAUAGACAAGUUAGACUCAAAGCAGCAAAUGCACUCAGUCAUCUUAUUGUUGUACAUUCUCGUACAGAAACUAUUUUUGUUGAUCUACAUUCUGGAGUAAAAAAUUCAGAAGAUAUAACCAUAAAGUAAGUUUAAGUCAUUUCUGAAUAACAGGUAUCAUUGGAUUAAAGUAUUUGAAAUCUAACCUAUUUCUGGCUUUGUCUGGGGUUUCUCAUGUGGGACUUUCUUUCCUUUACUGUUCUCCUUAUUCAUAAAUAGUGUGCACCAAGUUCUGUGUUACUCUUGCAUUCUAUGUUUUGUUGAUAAUAUCAAACUUUAUAUGCUUGUGCGCUCAGGCAGUGAUUACUGUUUACUGCAAACUGACUUUGACUACUUUUCCAAGUGGUUAUGUGCAUUAGGUUUGACACCUAACAAGUUUAAAGUGUAAGGUUUUUACAUAUGCUAGCAGUGGUUUUCUCUUGCAGUUUUAAUUCUAAUAUUACUCUGCAUGUAGCUGAUUGUGUUAUGGAUCUUGGUAUUAAAUUUAAAGUUAAAACUGAAGCAACAUAUUGAAUAUACUGAAGUCAUUUGAUUUUGUAAUUAGGUUGGCUAACAAAUUUCAUUUAAAUAUAUCUGUCAAAAUAUUGUACGCUCAAUUCUGGUGUAGGUUGUGUUGUAUGGGAUCUACAUACAAGCUAGUGACUUAAGUCAGGUUGAGUAUAUUUAGAGGAAGUUUUUACAUUUUGCUAGUUAUUUCCAAUCACCACAUAAGUUGCUAAUGCGCUUGGCCUUUUCUCCUUUGUUAAAACAGGUUACAGGUAUGUUUUAUUGAAGGCCUGUUGAAUGGCAAAAUCAAGUCUACUAAAUUUGUUUCAAGAUACCUCAGCGUAUUACUAGAUUCAAGGCAUUUCUAUUUAUAUCCCUUAUGCAUGCAUUCACUUACUACUUAAUAAAUUAACUGCUUAGAUCAGUGGUCCUCAUUAGGGUUUUAGAAAGGGUCAAAUAAUUAUUUUCAAAAUUUCUAGUGGGCCACAUUCAAUUUUUUUUAAAAAAAUAAAAAAAUAAAUAAUUUAUUAUUAUUAGCUAACUAGAUAAGAGGGGGUAAGUUUGAAAAAAUCCAGCAUGAUAAGAUGUAUAGUGAUGAUUAAUAUUUAUAGUUUUAUAACAAAUUAAACAAAUUAAAGCAUCAUGUUUCUUACUAGAAAUACAGAAAAAUUCUAUUUCCCAACUAUCUUGUUUAACUAUUCUGUGUUCUUCUAUUUUACGCUUUGCCAUCAUAGACGGUUAGAAAUUAACUGCAUAUUUAAAAAUAGAAAUAAAUUUGUUAAGAAAACGUGAUAAAUUACAAAUUAACAAUAAAGACUGAACUAUUCGUACAAGAAUAUGUUGCAACACUAUGUUGAUUGAUGAAAAUAAAUAAUGAACGUGGAUUUAAUAAUAAUUUUUAAAUGCUUAUCGUACCUACAUAUUUGUCAAACCGGCGAUUCAAUAAAAGUAGAAACUAUAAAAACCCAGGAAUUAUAUAAGAUUAGAUAAAUAAAAGUUAUUGCAUAUAACAUACCUAAAUUUAAAAAUUAUGUAUUUUAUUUUAUUUACAAUAGUAUUGAAUUUUAGAAUGCAAAAUUUAGUUUUAGUAUGGGUGCAUACAAUUUGUUGAAGGGCUGCAUAGUGGGUGCCGUUGGCUUAGAUGGUUAAUGAUAAACACUAAUGUUUCUUUAUUAGUUUAUCUUUACUUUUGCUAUUUACUCAUGUAUAUAUUCUUUGUCUUUAUUAUUCACUAUGUUUACAUCAAUUUUAAUUUUAUAUUACACAUUUUAUUAAAAGAGCCUUGCCCAUUUAUAUAUAUAAAUAUAUCAUCAGAAUAUUCUAAAGGCAACGCUUGUUGAGUUAGCCAUGUGUGUCUGUCUGUGUUUUGCUGCUUCCUUUAGUUAUUGAUAGGAUGCACAGCCAAUCUUCUCUUUUAUAUCAUUUAAAUAAUUUGUUCUAGGUCUUCCUCUUGGUCUUCAUCUCAUUAUUCUUCCUUCAAAAUAUACUAUUAAGAAAAUCAUUGUGACGAAUAAGAUGCUCAAUAAAUUUGAUUUUCCUUUCCAUUAUGUUAAUCAUUAGUCUUCUUUUCUUUCUUAUUUCUUCUAAAACUCUUUCAUUUGAUUUUCAUUCUAUCCAAUUGGUCCUAAUCAUCUUUCUGUGUCAUUAUCCAUGUCUCACAACCAUAACAUAAAAUACUCCAUACAAAAAUUAUAAUAAACUUUUUACGAGUUUCAAGUUUGAGGUGCCUAUUACUAAGUAUAUUAUACUUCUUAAGGAAAGCUUGUUUGGCGAGAGUUAUUCUUCUCUUUAUGUCUGCUGCUGAUUGGUUUCUAUUCGUAAUUAAGCUUUCCAGAUAACAAAAUUCAUUAACUUACUCUAUCAGAUUGUCUCUUAGAUUGAUAUGUUCUUCAUCAUUGUUAUUUAUCUUCUUUAUCAACAUUUUUUUUGUCUUCUUUCCAUUGAUCUUCAGUUGGUAAAUAUCAAAUAUAUCUGCAAAGGUGUUAGCAUUUUAUUCAUAUCAUUUUGAGACUCAGCUAGCAAUACAAUGUCAUUUGCAAAUCGUGUGCUAUGAACCCUUUGUCCAUUGAUUUUUAUUCCUCCCGUCUUUUUAGUUCAUUUAUUGAUGCUUCAAUGAAGAUAUUAAAUAAAUAUGGUGAAAGUGGACAUUCUUACCUGACUCCUUUUCUAAUUUAGCUUGUUUUGUUGUUCCAUUAAUAUCCAUUAUAGUUGUCUGAGCUUUAUAUAGUUUUAAAAUAAGUCUUCAAUCUCUCCAAUCAAUUCCAUUAUCUUUCAACAUUCUAAAUAAACACCUCCAAUUUACUUUAUCGAACGUUUCUCUAGAUUUAUGAAAUUAGUAUUUGUAUUACUAUUUACAUCUAUUUUUCUAUUAAGAAUUUGAUGUAGUGCUAUCACUUCUCUUGUCUUUUUUUCAUUUCUGAAUACAUAUUGAUCUUCUCCAAUUUGGUUUUCUAUUUUAUUCUUCAACCUAUGUUUUAUGACAUUUUGGAGUAUUUUUGAUGUAUGAAUUAAAUAGAAAUUGUUCUGUAGUGUUAGAUAAUAAAUAAAGUAUUUAAAUUAAAUUUAUAAAAUUAAUGUGUAUUAAUUUACUCAUACGUUCAUUUUAUUUAGAGAAACAAUGCUUCAAGCUUUACGAGGAGUUAUUUCACCUGCUGGUGAUAAAAUGUCAGAUCAGGUUCGAAGAACUGUGUUCAUGACUUUAAGAGAAGGUCUAGGAAAUCCGGAAGAUAAUAUUAGAAAUGGUACUGCUGGUUGUCUUGGUGCUUUAUGUAAAUGGUUAUCUCCUGAACAAUUAAAUGUUGCUUUGAAUGAUCAUAUUUUAAGUUUGUAUAUUUAAUUCAAUAUAAUAUGAAGUAGGUUAUUUAACAACCAAUUUAAUUUAAACUUAAUUUUUAACAGUAGAUGACUCUUCAUUAGAUCCAGUAUUGAGGCACGGUAGAAGCUCAGCCUUGUUUGUUGCCCUUAAAGAGUCCCCUGAUACAGUUUUUAGCUCUUUAUACAGCGAUAAAGUCAUCAAAACAAUUUUGAGUCACCUACAAGCUGAGAAAGUAUGAGUAAUAUUUUAACUUUUACUAAUAUUAAUAAUAAAUUGAAUAUAUUUAAUUAAUAUAUUUAUUUUUAGAUUUCGAUAGCAAUGAAUGGAGUUCGAAGUUGUGGAUUUUUAUUUUUACAUUUAAUGAAAAAUGAUUCAAUGAUUCCAUUGCAGCUUUUAAGCCCAUUCAUACGAGUAAUUAAACUAUUAUUAUAUUUAACAUUAAUUUGUAUAUUUAUCUAUUAAUUUUAAAUCAUUAAAUAUAGUUGAUGAAUCAAUCAAGUAAUGAAGUUAAGCAGUUGGUAUCACAUAUCUGUUCACAUUUAGGAAAGUCUAACGUUACUUUAUCCCCAGAGUUUUUAAAGUCCAUAAUUCCAAUGCUAGUUAAUGGAACUAAAGAAAAAAAUUGUUAUGUAAAAUCUAAUAGUGAAAUUGCUCUAGUUGCUGUUCUCAAAUUACAACAUGGAGAUGCAAAUUUACAGGUAAAUUAAAAAAUUGGAUUUAUGUAUUAGACAUUUUUGUAUACAUCUAUUUUUAUUAUUUAUGAAAUCAUAUUCUUCUUCUUUGCCCCUCCAUCCUAAAUAUUUAGGCUUAGCCACCCUUAUCCUAAAUUUCCACUUAACCCUAUUCCCCACAUUGUCUUUAGGUACACCAGACUUCCUCAUAUCAUUCUUAAUCGCAUCCAACCAUCUUUUUUUCAAUCUACUUUCCCAUAUUUCUUCCUUCAUUUAUUGUGACACAUCAGCUGUUUUGUUUGAUUAAACUAGUUAUUUAUAAUUUUUCAAUUGUUUAAGUGAACAUUAAAGUUUAUCCAGUAACUGGAAAAAAAAAAUGUUUUUAUCAUAUUAAUGUAAAACUACAGAGUGGUUCAGUAGUCAGUAUGUCAAUACUAGAUAAUCAAUACUUUAGUAGGUAUUCUAAUAAACUACCUAAUAAUAAUUAUAAAGUAUAUAGUAUUAUGUUAUAUGGUUUCAUGUGACAUGUAUUUUUACUAUUAAAUUGUUUUUCCAUUUAUAUUUAUAACAAAGAAAAGUAUUAUAAAUAAACCUUAUAUAAAAAUAAAGUCUGACAUACUUCGCACGUGGAUGGGCCACUGUUGCAGAUAAGAAGUGAUAAAAAGGUUGGGAACUUAUCCUUAGUCCUUAGUCCCUUUCCUUCAAGUGUUGCUCUUCAUUUCUUAUGCCAAUUGUUUACUUCUUAAUAAUUUUCUCCUACCUAAACUAUAUCAUUUGCAAACAUCAUGCACAAUGAUACUUCACUGUGUAUUUCCUUUGUAAUUUCAUCCAUUGCAACAGAAUAUAGGUAAGGGCUUAAGACUGAGCCUUGAUGUACACGUAUUUUUUUUUUUUUUUAUCCUUUGUCAAACUUAUAUACAAUCUCAAAACUCCUUAAUUUAUUAUUUACUUCCUGAGAUCAGUAUUUCUCUUGGCCCUCUGUCAUAAAUCUUUUCUAAACUAUGAAACCAUAUUGUAAAUUGUAUUUAUAUUUCAUAAAUUAGAAUUAGAAUCAAUAUUAAUUAACCUUCUUGGUUAUUAAAUCAAAAACAAUAUAUAUUUUUUUAAAUAUAAUUUAAAAAAUAAAGAUCAAUUAAAUUGUAUUUGUAAAUAAUUUAUAAAAAAAAAAUUUAAUUAAUUAAUAAACAUUUAGUUUAUUUUAACUUCAUUGCAUUGAUAUUUAUGAAAAAAUAAACUUUUAUAAUUAUUUUGUUAACACAUAUUUAUAUUUUGCUAUGCAGCCAGGACCUGAAAUGGAGGUAAAACGAUUAUAUAUUUACAUUUAAAUUAUAUUAGUGUUAAAAACGGUUUAAUGGAAAUUUUGUAUAUAUUGAAUAUAAUUUGGUUAUCUUCUUAAAAUUGAACUAAUUAUACUAUAUUGUUUAAUUUUAAAGUAAGUAUUAAGUAAAUAAUAAUAAUUGGCCAUCUAAUUCACAAACUAAAACUAAUAAUAAAAUAAUAAAAGUUAAUACCAACUAUAUCUCAGGAGAUAAUAAAGAUAAUUAAUAUUUGUUUAUAUAUAUAUAUAUAUUAUUCACCGGGAUAAAGACUACAAAUAUUUCAAUUGAUUUUUUAUGUUAUGGUAAGAAACUACUAAAAAUAAUAAAAUACAAUUUUUAUUUUUAAGUGUUUUACCAAAACAUACAAAUUUUAUUCAAAUAUAAAUAUUUGUAAUCCCUACAAGAAAUAAAAAUUUGAUUAUCUUUAUUAUCUCAGGUAAUGUUGCAAUGAGUAUAUCUUCGUUAGACAAUAUAUAUAUCAUUUGAUUAUUUUAAACAGUUUCAAUGAUUUUAAUCAUAAAAAUGGUUUUAUAUUUUUGAACAGUGAUUACAUGACAAGAAGACAUUUUAAUUUAAAACCGUUUUAACACCAUCAAAUUAUUUUAAUAGAUUAAUAUUAAUAUUUAUAGUAUAUGCUUAAGUCAUUUUUUAUUUUAUUUUUUAGGCUUGUUUAAAUUUAUUAGACACAGGUGCUCGUGAAGCCUUGAAUGAUGUAAUUAAUAAAGUACUACGUAAAGUUUCAAUUCAAAUGGAUACCAAAGUAGAAGAGUUAGAUGAUACAUUAAUUACUUAAAAUUGCACUAAUUAUUGACACAUUUCAAUUGUAUUUUCAUUUUUU